GAAUUUUUCUUCCAUGUUUUACAGAACCAUGGAUUACGAACAAGAAGGGAACGACAUCACGAUCGAUGACUUCAUCGCGGAGCACUGCGAGGGCGAGAGCGAGAUCGCCAAGUUCUACGCCGGCAAGAUCCUGUUCGUCACGGGCAGCACCGGCUUCUGCGGCAGCAUCCUCCUGGAGAAGAUGAUCCGGUCGUGCCCCGACGUCGAGAAGAUCUACGUGCUGAUGCGGCCGAAGAAGGGCAAGUCCCUGGAGGAGAGGUUCAAGGCGCAGUUCGAAGGCGACCUGUUCGAGCGCCUCCGCAGCUCCAGGCCGGGCUUCCAGCUCAAGGUGUACCCGCUGGAGGGCGACUGCUCCCAGCCGCGGCUCGGCCUCAGCGACGAGAGCGUGGAGAAGCUCAAGGAGACGCAGAUCAUCUUUCACGUGGCCGCCACCGUCCGCUUCGACGAGAAGAUGAGGCUGGCGGCCGCCAUCAACGUCCAGUCCAACAUCGACCUCCUCAACAUCGCCAGGACGAUGCCUGACCUCAAGGCCUUCGUCCACGUGUCGACCGCCUACGCCUACCCGCAGCAGAAGGUGGUCGAGGAGAAGUUCUACGAGCCGGAAGUGAGCCCGGACCGCCUGCUCAACAUCGUCAACAGCAUGGACGACGCCAUGCUCGACGCCAUCACACCACAACUCAUCACGACCUGGCCCAACACGUACGCCUUCACCAAGGCCGUCGGCGAGGCGGCCAUCCGGCAGCACAGCAGAGGCCUGCCCGUGGUCAUGGUCCGGCCCUCCAUCGUUAUCUCCACGGCCAAGGAGCCCAUCUCGGGCUGGAUCAACAACGUUUACGGGCCCACGGGGGUGGUGAUGGGCGCGGGCGUCGGGCUCAUCAAGGUGCUCCACUGCGACGGAGACCGCGUCGCGGACAUGGUCCCCGUCGACAUGGUCAUCAACAACAUCAUCGCCGUGGCCUGGGACGUGGCCGUCUCCAAAGAGAACCAGCAGAAUGAGGAGGUUAAAGCAGACGACACCGAGGCGGAUCCCCCAGUUGUAAACUUCGUGUCAUCGCCGGACAGCCCCAUCACGUGGGGGAAGUUCAUGGAGCUGUGCGCCAAGGGCGUCCAGAUACCUUCGGUGCGCUGCAUUUGGUACUACGACUUCCGGCUCAUCAAGCACGUCCAGCUCUACACCCUGUACACAAUGUUAUUGCACCUCCUGCCAGCCAUCCUGGUGGACACAGGCUGUCGGAUUGUGGGGAAGAAGCCAUUCCUGUGGGAUGCGUACAAGAAGAUUCACAAGUUUGCAGCUGUUAUUGCGCAUUUUGCAACCAAUGAGUGGACAUUUAGAAAUGACAAUGUUCAUAAACUGUGGGACAAGUUAAAUCCUGUUGACCGAAAGACAUUCGAGUUCAACUGCAAGACUUUAAGAUGGGAGCAGUACUUUAAUACUUACAUGAGAGGUUUACGAGUGUACCUUUUGGAGGAUCCACUCGACACCUUACCUCAAGGCAAAGUAAAAUACCGAAAGCUUAAGGCUAUUCACUACACUGUAAAAUACGGUGUUAUUCUAUUAUUAUGCUGGCUUCUUCUGCAGUUCCUAAGGUUGAUAUU